AUGGGGAACACUGGUGGUUGUCCAACCUGAUGGAUGCGCCUAUACAUUUGGGUCCCUUGUCAUGGCAGCAUGAAAAUGUCCACGUCUGAGCUCCCUGGUGGACCAUAGACCUGCAGCGUCUGAGAACUGUCUUGUCCCUUUUGAAGGAGACAGGAAUGUCGUAGCAGCACGUUUGCCCCAAGAUCAUGCUGGGCGCACUCCUCAGACGCAACAUGUCCCACAAGCUCAGCGUGCUGCUUCUGCUCUUCGGCCUGGCCUGGGGACUCCUCUUGCUGCGCUACACCCUGCAGCAGCCCCGCCACCAGACCAGCGCUCAGCUCCGCCAGCAGAUCCUAGAGCUCAGCCGGCGUUACGUCAAGGUCCUGACUGAGGAGAACCAGAGAGCGCCCGGCGGACCGCAGGGAACCACCAUGGCGGGUUACGCUGACCUGAAGAGGACGAUAGCGGUGUUGUUGGACGACAUUCUGGAGCGGCUGGUCAAGCUGGAGGGGAAACUUGAUUUGGCGGCCAACGCCUCCGUCACAAAUACCUCCCAUGGGGGCGUCCUGUCUUCCGCUUCCAGCGCCCCGCACAGACCCUCUAAGCAGGACCGAGCAGGAAUCCAUCCAGGAAUGUCACGCUUUAAACAUCCCCGUUCGCCCAGCAGCCAUCUAUGAGCUUUGUUUUGAUGCGUAUUGGCUCUUAGCUCCGCCCACUUUUGCUGAAUCAUCCCAGGACGUCCUGACCGUGGAAGGAAGGGAAGCUUCUGAAAAGAAACCUCUUUUUAUUUCAAGCACUUGGUUUGCCAUUGUUCUAUCAUGGAGCAUUACUGGAUGGAUCUUUCAGGCAGAAACUCAAACACACUCUGGUCUGGGAUGCCCCGUUCUUCACUUAUUCACGAGUUCCUGCUUGAGUCGACAUUCAGUGGAACCUCCAUUUACAAACUGAAUUGGUUCUGAACAGGGAUCUUAAAGGGGAACUACGCUUUUUUCUAAUGUGCCUAUCAUUCACAAUCCUUAUGUAAGACAAGAACACAUGUUUUUCUUUUUUACGCAUUCUAACUCGUAAAUAAAUGGAGCCUAUAGGAGAAGCUCUACUCCGCCUAUAAAGUGCUUAAAAAAAACCUUCCAUCAAGGUUUAUGAUAUACAGUCAUGGCCAAAAAUAUUGGCACCCCUGCAUUUCUUCAGGUAAUGCACCACUUCUCCCAGAAAAUUGUUGAAAUUACAAAUGCUUUGGU